GAAGGCCGAGUGCCCUCCUCCAGCUGGCACUAUGCAGCUCUCUCUUGCCCUGUGUCUCGUCUGCCUGCUGGUGCAUGCAGCCUUCCGCGUGGUGGAGGGCCAGGGGUGGCAGGCCUUCAAGAAUGAUGCCACGGAAAUCAUCCCUGAGCUGGGCGAGUACCCCGAGCCUCUGCCAGAGCAGAACAACAAGACCAUGAACCGGGCGGAGAACGGAGGGAGACCUCCCCACCACCCCUUUGAGACCAAAGACGCCUCCGAGUACAGCUGCCGGGAGCUGCACUUCACCCGCUACGUGACCGACGGGCCGUGCCGCAGCGCCAAGCCGGUCACCGAGCUGGUGUGCUCCGGCCAGUGCGGCCCGGCGCGCCUGCUUCCCAACGCCAUCGGCCGUGGCAAGUGGUGGCGCCCGAGCGGGCCCGACUUCCGCUGCAUCCCCGACCGCUACCGCGCGCAGCGGGUGCAGCUGUUGUGUCCCGGCGGUGCGGCGCCGCGCGCACGCAAGGUGCGCCUGGUAGCCUCGUGCAAGUGCAAGCGCCUCACUCGUUUCCACAACCAGUCCGAGCUCAAGGACUUCGGGCCCGAGGCCGCGCGGCCGCAAACGGGCCGGAAGCUGCGGCCCCGCGCCCGGAGCACCAAAGCCAACCGGGGCGAGCUGGAGAACGCCUAUUAGAGCUGGCCCGCCGCCCCAUGGGCGGCCCCCAACCCGGGCGCCCCAGGUUUCCGCCCCCUGCGCGCGGUUUGAUCGGUUGGGUUUAAUUUUUAAUACCUGCAACCCGGGGCCGGGGCGGGGUGCUGAGACCUUCCCGGCUGCAGGCCUUGUGGAUCCCGGGGUCAGCAACCAUCCCACCUCCCGCCCGUGCCGAGGGGGUCCCGGGGGCAGGCGAGGGCGCUGAGAGUCACAGACACUGAGCCACGCAGACCCGCCCCGCCGGGGCCGCCUACUUUUGAUGGUCCCACUUGAGAGGAGGCGGAAAAGGAAGCAUUUCAUUGCCCUGGAGUUUUAAGGGAGCAGUGGAGGGAAGCCCAGGAACUGGUUAAGAGCGUUCGAUACGAUUCCCCCUUCCCCACCUCUCUGCCAGGCAGAAGAGCCUUGAGUGCCUUGUUGUGCCCAGAACACAAGACUGGGUCCCUAAAUGGGGUUUCUAGUCCUGCCCCUGCCCCCAGCGUGCCAGGUGAUCUCGGAUAUUACGCUCUUGUCUUCCUGGACUUCGAGUUCCUCUUUGUAAAAUGGAAGUGGGGGUGGGAUAAGCAUCUGGAGCGAUCUGCUGUCACGUGAUUCCAUGGACUCGGGUGCCCUUUGAAUGGGCAGAGGAGAGUUUGGAUUGAAUCAUUGAUGGGGUCACUUCCAGAAUUCGGAGUUGUAAUCCUCUGAUCUGACAGCCAAAGAUGAAAAAAGGAAAAGAGUCUAUUUAUGGCUGACAGACUCGUGGGAGAAGCUGUGGUGUAUCCCAGCCUGGGAUCCCAGAUGUUUCGCUACCUCCACUUUCCAUCACAAAGGACACAGAAAUAGCAUCAUCCAUUGGAACAGAGAGGAAGGUCCCAAGGGUGGUGGGAGGCACAGAGAUUACUCUCUGUACUCAAAGAGCACCACGGCCACCCCCCCAACCCAUACCCAUCAAGGCCAUAUUUUAUUUAAGAUCACCUUCUGUAGAGAAGCCCAAGGUCACAGCACACUGGGCUUGUGGCCCAAGGAAGCAGACACCAUUGGUUCAGAGACCAGAGGGCCCCUUUCAAGACCCUCCUCCUGCCUACCACUCAAGGAAACAUUUCUGUUUGGAAAAGAGCUUCUUAUUGCUGUUAUGUGUGAUGGCAUAGCUUACAUUAAAAUAAUAUUAUUGGGGAAAAAAUUACAAGUGCUGUAUAUAUGCUGAGAAACCGCAAAGCUUAAUAGCUGCCAUCCAAAAAUCUUUUGGAAAAUCAUUUCCAGGCACCACUUACUUUCUAUGCAGUUUUUAAUUGCUUAAAAAAAAUUUUUUUUUUAAACGGAAGCACAUGCCGCGUGAAAGCCUGCCCAGCUGGUUGUUUCUGCAGUCUUUUCAAGUGGAAUUUGUCCACAAGAAUGAAAGUAGCAGUUUUUGUUUUUUUUUUCCUAAAAAGUUAAGUUACAUAUUUAUUUUCUCACUUAAGUUAUUUAUGCAAAAGUUUUUCUUGUAGAGAAUGACAACGUUAAUAUUGCUUUAUGAAAUACCAGUCUGUUCUUUCAGAAUCCAGAAGCAUUGUUAAUAAAAACAACGAAUUGUUGCGGA